CUAACCCAGAAGUCGACGCCAUAACCAUUUCAACGCUCAUCUUCCUCUCUUCUCCACCUCAUAAACAAUCCCAUAGUCCUCCGUAUGAUCAUAAAUUUCCAGAUCUAGAACAUGCAGUGAAAAACGAGCGAGAGAGAGAGAUUGCUCGCUUUUUCUCAAGCUUCCUUUUCAGUACCAGUACCAGUACCUCUCAGAUUGUGAUCUUUCUUCUCUGGAUUUGACGUCCUAUCAAUUCACUUCCAAUCAACUUUCACUGCUUUUCAAUUCCUGAGGAUCGGUUCGGUGUGAAUUGCUGGACGGCAUUAUUUCACUGCCCACUUGAAGGUAUCUAAGCUGAAAUCGUCGAGUUUGACUUCAUGGUUUUCGAUUCGGUUUGAUUGCGUCACUGUAGUUUGUUGGUGCAGAUCAUUUAGGAGGCAAGGCAGUGAGGUUCUGUCGACCCUACUGCCGCGUAUGGUCCUAACAACACUUGAUGCGUUGUUGUAUCUAAAUUGUAACAAUUCGAUCGGUAGAAAGUACUAUGGGUAGAUGAAAGAAGAGACGACGAAGAAUGCUGUCUCUUUGCACACAUAGAUCCCUUUAUGAAUGGUCACAGAUUCUUAGUUAUUGAUUGAAGUUUGCGGCUGUGAAGCCGAGAGGAGACGGCGAGAAAUGGGAGCUGUCGGUGACGAAGAGCUGUCAAUGGAAGAGACAAGUGGGCGUGAAGAGAGAAUUUUGGUAUCAGUUCGUCUGCGCCCUUUGAACGAGAAGGAGCUUUCAAGGAAUGGCGUUUCGGAAUGGGAAUGCAUUAACGAGAACACUAUUAUAUGCAGGAAUGGGCUUUCGGUUGCUGAACGCUCCAUAUAUCCAUCUGUGUAUACAUUUGACAGGGUAUUCGGCUGCGGUUGCUCAACAAGGAAGGUCUAUGAGGAGGGUGCGAAGGAAGUUGCUCUUUCUGUUGUCAGUGGAGUUAACUCAACAAUUUUUGCUUAUGGACAAACUAGCAGUGGGAAAACGUACACAAUGAGUGGAAUUACCGAGUAUACCAUCGCAGAUAUAUAUGAGCACAUAGAGAAGCACACGGAGAGGGAUUUUCUUUUGAAGUUUUCUGCUAUAGAGAUAUAUAAUGAAUCUGUGAGGGACCUCCUUAGCCUAGACAGUACUCCUCUCAGGCUCCUGGAUGAUCCCGAGAGGGGAACCACGGUUGAGAAACUCACAGAGGAAACUUUGAGGGGCUGGAAUCAUUUUAAACAGCUUUUAUAUCUUUGCGAAGCUCAGAGGCAGGUAGGGGAGACAUCUUUAAAUGAAGCAAGCUCCAGAUCUCAUCAAAUUCUUAGAUUGACAGUUGAGAGCUCAGCUCGUGAAUUUCUUGGCAAUGACAAGUCUAAUUCUCUCACGGCUACUGUGAAUUUUGUCGAUCUGGCAGGAAGUGAACGUGCAUCUCAGUCGUUAUCAGCUGGUGCACGCCUGAAAGAAGGUUGUCACAUAAAUCGUAGUUUACUAACUCUUGGGACUGUUAUUCGUAAGCUCAGUAAGGGAAGAAAUGGACAUAUUCCUUUCAGGGAUUCAAAGUUAACUCGUAUAUUGCAAUCUUCCUUGGGAGGCAAUGCCAGAACUGCCAUCAUAUGUACCAUGAGCCCUGCUCAAAUCCAUGUUGAGCAAUCAAGAAAUACACUCUUUUUUGCAAGUUGUGCUAAAGAAGUUGUAACUAAUGCUCAGGUGAAUGUAGUUGUGUCCGAUAAGGCUCUAGUAAAACAAUUGCAAAGAGAAUUGGCAAGGUUGGAAAGUGAGUUAAAAAGCUGUGGACAAGCUUCUGUAUCACCCGAUUCUACAUUAAUUAGAGAAAAAGAUAUCCAGAUUGAAAAGCUAAAGAAGGACUUAAGAGAACUUACCUUGGAACGAGACUAUGCUCAAUCUCAGGUUAAGGAUCUGCUUAAAAUGGUCGAAGAGGACAAACCUUUAAUUUCAUCGACAGAAUCAGAUGAUCAAUACCCUAAAUUACGGGCACGGUCUUCAUGGAACUUCGAGAAUCGCCCAUCUGAGACAACAGUAAUGACAGAUUCUCGAAUCCUUGGUGAUGUUUCUGGAUCUUUUGAUCCAUCUCAAUAUUCAGGUGCUAAUAGCAGGUCUGAUGAUAAUUUUAUGCAUCUUGUCGAAGUUGAAAAGAAUUUUCUGCAAGGUAAAUCCUCUCCACGAGUAUCGUCAAUGGUUCCCUUUCGGGUUGAUGCUCAACAGCACAUGGAGGUAGAAGAACUGUCCUGUGAUAACUCUGAGGAUAUAUGCAAGGAAGUUCGAUGUAUUGAGAUGGAAGAAUCAAGUGUGAAUGGAUACUUAGUUUCUACCAUGCCAGGUUCUAGCCCAGAAAGAUAUAUUGAUUCGACCACACCCUCUCCACUAGCAAACACAACCACCUCAAAAGUAGCUGAUAAUGGGCAAAGUAAAAACUGUAAAUUAAAAUCAUCCCCUUCAGGAGAAGAUAUCAAUUCCAACAACUUCAGUCCCUUCUAUGUAGUCCAAUCCCCAGAGACACCUUCGCCAUGGGUGCUGGAGAAAGAUAUCUGUUGCUCUGGAGGGUUAAAGUUAACUAGGAGUAAAAGUUGUAUAACUAGUCUUACAAGAAGCUUAUCUACAGAGAACAUCAAGGAAAUCCAGGGCACACCACCAAUUUGGAAUGGAAAAUACUUCAUAGGGAGACCUGAGGGUUUCCAAAUAAAACUUGCUGCAUUGAAAUAUGAUGUUGAGAAUGAGAGGUCGUCAGUAACUUGUUCUCAAACUUCCCAGAAGAGUGCUUCUAAGGAUGCGGUUAGUGAACAGAAUAUUGAUGUGUUAGAAGAUGACAAAAGUGAUAUAACUACUUCGGCUACAGAGGUAGAACAUGACCAGAUAUCCAAAGUUGAAAGCGAAAAUAAACUUCUUGAUACAGCAAAGCAGAUGUCCAACCUGGAAACUGAAAAUUGUCUUCUUGAUGCAACAGUGCCUGGGGCUAAACCAAAGCCAAUUGAAUCUGAGAAAAAUGUGGAAGAUCUCGGCAUGGUUCCAACCCAAAGUGACAGGAUAAGUCCUUCAAAAUGGCCUUCGGAAUUCAAAAGGCUUCAAAAAGACAUCAUUGAAUUGUGGCAUACUUGUUACGUCUCAUUGGUGCAUAGAACCUAUUUUUACCUUCUAUUUAAAGGUGGCGAUCCAGCUGAUUCUAUUUACAUGGAGGUAGAGUUCAGAAGACUAUCUUUCCUCAAACACACAUUUUCUCAGGGAAAUCGAACCGUAGAAAAUGGCCAAACACAACCAGCAUUGAGUCUGAAGGCCCUUCGCGGUGAGAGGCAAAUGUUGUGCAGACAAAUGCAGAAGAGGCUCUCCAAGAAACAAAGAGAGGCCCUGUUUGUGGAAUGGGGCAUCGGAUUGAAUUCUAACAAUCGGAGGCUGCAAUUGGCGCACCUUCUGUGGAAUGAUGCAAAAGAUAUGGAUCACGUAAGAAGGAGCGCAGCCAUUGUUGCACAACUUGUUAACUACGUAGAACCAGAUGAGGCUUCCAGAGAGAUGUUUGGCCUCAAUUUCGCUCCACGGCCCGAUGCUCGAGGGAUCACAUCGUUGGAAACAAAGAAUGAUGGCUGCCUUCUGAUGUAAUCCUCUCGCUAAUUAUUGUACAGAUUAUAUAGCAAUUGGGGUAGUUUCUUUUCUUGCUCGAUCUCUCUGACUAUUAACUUUAACUGUAAGGAUUAUUUGAACUUAUGAAGUUGCUAAAGGAAUGUGCCACUGCUAUUCUU